GAUGGAAUCAGGGCACGGGGAGGCCGCAGCGUUGCUAAUUGAAGCUGGGGCAGAUAGAACAAAAACAAACCAAGAUGAGCAAGAGCCGGAACAGAUGGAGGGUGUAGGCGGCAUCGGGCAGAAGAGGGUUCGGGACUAUGUCAUCCGACGUUGCGGGCCUCGGUAAC